GGGGGGGGGGUCUGUUUAUUCAAUUUUGUGUUUUAAAGUUCCUAUGUGACUUGCAUUGGGCAAUCUCAUUGGAAGGGAAAGGGAAAGCAGAAUGUCUGAAAAAAAUACAGCUUUAUGCUCUGCGGUCCCCCGGCGCAUGCAAUCACAGCCCCCCUCAAGGGUGCUAUUUUGAAGGCACAACCGCUUGCGAUUGGUCAGUGACUGGUCAGAUGGUACGGUUUCCCUCUGUCCCGCACUGGCACAUAGCCACCCAGCAACCCCCCCCCCCUCAACUAAAACCCAAUCUCCGAUAAACUACUAAUAGCUAAACCACUUGGACUAUAAAACACAACAAAUCAUAAAGCAAGGAAAAGAGCCGUGCCCUCCCAAUGAGUUCCUAUUUUGUAAACUCAACUUUCCCUGUGACUCUGCCCGGAGGACAGGAGUCGUUCUUGGGACAGAUACCUUUAUACCCCUCCGGAUACACAGACCCUUUACGACACUACCCCGGUGCUGGUUAUGGAGCUAGCAGUGUCCAGGAGAAGGCGUACCCCUCCUCCUUUUACCAGAAUGGUGCGUACGGCAGAGCGAGCGCCGCCGGUGCCUGCGAUUACGCGACGGCCAGCUUCUACAGGGAAAAGGACCCCGCUUGUGCUCUGGCCAGCAUAGAGGAACACUCUCUCGUCCUCAGUCAGGACCACCGUAAAACAGACUGCACAGGGCCGUCGAUGAAAAGCAUCUACAACGAGGUUGACGAUCAGAAGCCGACGGCGCCGGUUUACCCAUGGAUGCAGCGAAUGAAUUCGUGCAACGGGACCUUCGGUAACCCCGGUAGGAGAGGUCGUCAGACGUACACCCGUUACCAGACGUUAGAGCUGGAGAAAGAGUUUCAUUUUAACAGGUAUCUGACCCGGAGGCGCCGUAUUGAAAUCGCGCACGCAUUGUGCCUGACGGAACGCCAGAUCAAGAUCUGGUUCCAAAACCGGCGCAUGAAAUGGAAAAAAGAGAACAAACUUAUCAACUCUUCACAAACCAGUGGGGAGGAAGAAGAGGAGAAGAGGACAGAAUAAAAUUGUGGACGCAAGAAAAAUCUAAAUGGCAUAAUAAGAUACAUUUACAUGUAUCAUCAGAAACGAACUUUCCUUUUGUACAUAAAUGCACACCGGUGGAGUUGUGUUGGUAAAUUCGUUGUAGCAUUCCUCUUAUUGUCGUUUUUAUCAUCAUUAUUUUUACAUGUCUAAUUAAUGUGUUUGUGUGCAAGCAUAUCUUGACUUACUAUUUGGUCUUACACUUGACGGCCAUGUUUAAUGAAGCUAUUUCAAAUGUUAUAUUCAUGUUCAUAUUUAAGCUAUGUGAAAAUAAAAUGGAAUUCUCAUUGUAUGUAAUAACGUUUUUUUAUUUCUAAGAGCAAUGAUCAUUUAGACACUGUUGUGAUGAAUAGUAUAUCGGUAAAAAUGAGCUUUCCUACAUGUCCCAAACUAGUUCGAAGAUGAGAACUAUAUAAAGACACUAGAAAGUAUGACUUUUGUACGUGGUUGUCAUUUGUUUUUCAUUUCAUCCGAAGAAAUAAAACGAAAUAAACUGACAGCAUAUUCCACCUGC